AACAAAAACGUAAAUGGCCCUAACAUGUUGGUGAAUUUCAAUAUUGGUUUGCUUGGCCAUGUCGAUUCAGGCAAAACGACUCUGGCACGUUCGCUUAGUGCCAUUCCCAGCACUGCGGCGUUUGAUAAAAAUCCGCAAUCACAACAGCGAGGGAUAACAUUGGAUUUGGGAUUCAGUGGACUUGUUGUUGAAGCACCACCACAGCUCAAAGAUGCUAUGCCUCAAGUGGAACAAUUGCAAUUCACUUUCGUUGACUGUCCUGGGCAUGCGAGUCUAAUUCGCACGAUCAUUGGAGGCGCACAGAUCAUAGAUCUUAUGCUGUUAGUGGUGGACGCACAAAAAGGAAUGCAAACCCAAACGGCGGAAUGCAUUGUCAUUGGCGAAAUACUGCAAAAGAAGCUUAUUGUAGUAAUAAACAAAAUAGAUUCCUUGCCUGUAGAGGACCGAGCCUCCAAGCUUGAGAAGUUGUGCAACCGGUUGCGUAAAACGCUGGCAGGUACGGCAUUCGGCGAGGACGUUUCGAUAUAUUGUGUAUCUGCGCUAGAUGGAACUCACAUUGCUGAGCUGCGCGAUGGACUCAGUACGGCUUACUAUCUGCCUGAACGAUCGGUAGACAAACCACUCCUUAUGUACGUAGACCACUGCUUCUCUAUUAAAGGUCACGGCACCGUUUGCACGGGUACUUUGCUACAAGGACGCGUUUCGGUGAAUGAAAUAAUAAAGCUACCGGCUCUGGGUGAGCAGCGUAAAGUGAAGUCGAUACAAAUGUUCAAGCGCCCCGUCGAUGCAGCAGCCAUGGGCGAUCGUAUUGGACUGUGCGUCACCCAAUUCAACGCCAAGUUGUUGGAGCGCGGAAUCAUAGCAAAACCGGGCUACUUAAAGCCUAUACAUGCGGUUUGUGUGCAGAUGCAGUUCAUACGGUACUACAGAAACGCCAUCAAGUCCAAGAGCAAGCUGCACAUCAGUGUAGGUCACGAAACUGUAAUGGCUGUCGCAACACUAUUUCGCGAUGACCAAGGGACCAGUGCUCCGAAUCAGUUUGAUUGUACCAAAGAGUACGAGUACGUAGAGGAGUUUUCACCUGGCACUGAAGCAGAUCGUAUUUUUGUCUUAUUGCGGUUUGAAACGCCUGUGCUGACGACACUGGGCGCCACACUGAUUGCCUCAAAGCUUGACGUUGAUAUGCACAGUAGCAGUUGCCGUCUAGCAUUCUGGGGAACCAUUAGUUGGCUCACACACAAUAGCGAUUAUGCACAUCAGGAGCUGCCUAAGUGGCGUGUGUUCAAACGGAAGCAGAAAGAAGGCACCAUACAACGAGUGAUUAAUGCCAAUGAGGUAAUUGUACAGAAUCUCUUCAAGAAGGAGUCCAACCGCGAUAUGUACGUGGGAAAAUGUGUGCAGCUUUCCACCGGAGAAUUGGGAUUCAUUGAGCGCACCUUUGGUCAGACUUCAAAGGUGUGCAUUGUGUUUCGUGACGGUCUGGCCUUGGAUACCAUGGACAAGCUCAAGUCCGACCAAGCUAAGGAAGUGCGUCUUAUACUGCAGUGCAAGAAAAAUGUGUUUAAUAAACAAGCAGGGGUAUUUCAAUGACAUA